GUGUCUGUACAAUGAUCUUUACAAGGAAGUCCCCUGAAUAAAGGGACAGCAGAGACGGAUACACUGUAUCUGCUUCUGGCUCUGUAGCAAGUACGGUAUCUCAGCAGGGUGAAGAAUGGGUUUUGCUGAAGACAAGUUUGAGGAGUACCUCCGGAGCAACAUUCGCCUUCUGUACAAUAUAACAUUAGAAGAAAUAUUGCCGCAUAUUCAAUGCCUUACGAUUGCCACCCAAGAGCAGUUAAGGCAAAAGUAUGAACUCAGAGGGAAUCAAAAUGCAAUAUGGGAAUUCGUUAAUGCCUUAAGAAAAAGGGACGGAUGGGUGAGAGAGCUUCUGAAUGCCCUGAGAGAGUGCAGGCAGCAUGAGCUAGCGAAUCAGCUGGAGGAAGAAUACAAUAAACAUCUUAGAAAACGUCCUUCACAAGCGUUUCAGUCUCCGGCUGCAUCAGGAAGGAAUGCUCUGCUCAGCGCAGAUAUAGAUAAUGGCAACUAUCAACAACCAGCGUCUCUGCAUAUUCAUAAAGAAGCCAGCCCAUUUGGAAGCCAUGAUGAUUCCACAAUUAACUACAAUCAACAGCAGCCCCAGCCGAUUUACUCACCAGAUCACGUAACAAAGUCACCUGUCCAGAUCUCAUCAAUAUUAACUGCUUCUGAUGAUGUUUGCCCACCAACGUCUACUCUAAGCAAAACAUCCUGCUCAGUGACCCCACGGGAUCAUCAGAAAACACCGGUGUCUGACUCUCCUCCUUUAACCGCCACAUCUACUCCCUCGGCCCUGAAUUCAGAGCGACCUCUGUCUAGCACCCCAAGGGACCCUGAUGUACGACGGAAACUGGCGCAGAGGCCCACUGAUUCACCGGAUGCAAUUCACUCUGCCAGUAGUGCGUCCACCAAUCGUCCUGUAAACCGGGCUUCACCCCCUGCUGCCAGAAAUUCAGACCACACCCUGACCAGCCCCCCAAGAGAUCCUCUUGUACAAGUGGUGUCUCCAAUAAACCCAAAGUCUUCUACCUCCACCCAGAAUUUAGACCGACCUCUAUUCAGCACCCCAAGGGAGCCUGAUGUACGGCAGAAACAUUUUCUGAGUCCCAGUGGUUCACCAGAGGCAAUUUUGUCCAGUAAUGCAAGUCGCCGUGAUGUUUCAAGGGGGGAAAUGCCUGAAUCUUUACCCACAAGGGCACUUUCACAUCUUCCAAGACAUUCAGAGGUUGCUGAAAAUCCAAUUGCACCAGGUUCAUCGGUGAGGCCACUAAAUCAUUCUGUUGAUGAAAAUGAAGAUGAUAUGAUGCUGAGCAAACCAGGAGAACUAGUGUCCUCUGUAGAAAUUAACAACACCCAAGCGGGGGUUUCGAGGGUGACUGAAGCCUUAUCUUACAAACAUGAGUUUCUUAUUAGCUCAGAGUCAUCGCAAAAUUUGGAGAUAAGUCGUUCAUUGCAGAGUAGGGAUAUGCAGCGUACUCAAGAUGUCAACAGAGAGGAGGUUGAGGGUCAACCAGCACACAGCAACACAGACCGCAAUCAGUCUCAGCUGAACAGUUCAUCAACCAGGAGUGAUCAUGGCAGGGAUGAAUCUUCUACAAACAGAGUGCAGCCAGAAGAGAAUGAUAUGCCUUAUGAUAAUUCAUCAGGAAUCAUCCAGAGAAAUUAUGAGUACAAUCUUCCAUAUUUAGAUAUUAAUCAUCGGCUACUCCAGAUAUCACAACAACCGGAGGAGACCAGCGACGCGGAGUAUACAGAUGUAAGGAAUUUCAGUAUUAAUGUCAGGCAAGAUGCCAGCUUAGAUCUGAUGGCAGUCAAUGCCCCUCUGAAGAGAAUGCCAUCUCCAGCCGGUGGGCCGGAGCCAGAGAAGAGUCGCAAUAGCCAAGACCUAGGCAAAGUAUCCAAAGAUACAGACAGAGACAGCAAAUUACUUCUUACAGCUCUCGCCAUUGCCGGCGUUUCCCUCGCCUUGUUCCUGUUAUGGAGAAGAGUUAGAAAAUGAUUCACUAGAUGCCGGCAAGAAAUUUAAUAGCACUUAGCAGCAGGAGAUGACCAGCCCCCGGCAUACAAUAUACUUUCAUAAAUUCAUGGAUAUUAAGUGGAAAAAUAAACACUGCUUUACAAUGAA